AUGAAUAGUGCUGAAAUGUUGAAUAUAUCUGAUGGCGUUCACUUUGAUGAGAGUAUUACAAAAAUUGAGUACCACAGCUAUUCACCAUUUUUAUCGACGUUUAACAACAGUGAUGAAAUACGAAUUUGUAUUCAAAAUCAAAAUUUAAAUAUUUUGACCUGUGAAAGUUUCCUCUACAUAGAGGGGACUGUGAAAAAAGUUAGCGAUUAUACAGUAUCAGCUACCGCCAAAUUGGUAAACAAUUAUCCUGCUUAUUUAUUUGAAGAAAUACGCUAUGAAAUAAAUGGUAUUGAAAUUGAUCGUGUUCGAAACGUUGGACAAACCUUAACAUUAAAAAAUUAUAUCUCACUUAAUGAUAAUGAAAAAGAUUAUACGAAAAUCAUUCCAAAUGUUAAGCAUGAAUUAAUUUUGAAUCGUGCUCGGAAUGAUUUAAAUGCAAUUAUAUCGCCAACUGAUGAUAUGAAAUUUGAAAUUACAAAACUACAAUGGCACGUUCCACUCGUUCAACUUCAGGAUGGGCAGAAAAUAUUAUUAUAUAAAUUUAUCAAUAGUGGUAAAUCAAUUAAGAUGAGCUUUCGAAGCUGGGAUAUGUAUGAAUAUCCAGUUCUUCCAACUACAACACACCAAGUCUGGGCAGUAAAAUCAUCAACACGUUUGGAAAAGGCCAGAUAUGUUAUCUUCGCUCUACAAACAAAUCGACGAAAUUUGAAGGAGAAGGAUGCAAGCCGUUUUGAUCAUAGUAAUUUGACUGAUAUAAAAGUGUUUUUAAACUCAGAUGUGUAUCCAUACAGUGAUCUUAAUACAGAUUUUCAAAAUAAUCGAUAUGCCUUACUAUACGAUAUGUAUUCCAAAUUUCAAGAAUCAUAUUAUAAAACCAACAGCCAACCACUCUUAACACCCGCACAAUUCAAAGAAAUAGCUCCCAUUGCUCUCAUAAAUUGUUCACACCAAAUGGAUGAAAUAAAGAUUGGACCAGUGGAUCUUAAAAUUGAAUUCAAAUGUAAAUCUAAUAUUCAACCUAAUACUAGUGCAUAUUGCCUAAUUUUACAUGAUCGUAUUGUCGAAUAUAAUCCACUUACAAAUGAUGUAAAAAGAUUAUAA